GAAAACGCUUUAGGUUUCUGUUCUUUUACUUUUCCUUCUCGAUCGAGAGAGAGAGGCAAUCGGUGCUGAAGAGAAUUUUCAAUCGGCAACUUCGCGGAAUCAGGUAGCAUCAUGCUAAUUUGAUUAGAUGAGAUUCCGGGGGCUGAGAUUCAGUGUGAAGGCAGUAAUAAUUCCUGAUGGGUAUAAGGUAUUUGCCGAUUUCGGUGGCAUCAACGGCUCUGAGCUUUGUUGGUCUUCAAGCUUGGGCAGAGCUGUCAUUGAAUAAACUCAGAGCAGAUGGGCUAAUCGGCCGUAAUAUUUCGUUAGGGGAUUCCGAGCGUGCCCUUGAAUUUCUUCUGGGUUCUUUCGGUACAAUUGCAUUGCUUGCAAAUUUUGCCCUCAAUGUAUAUUUUCUUCUGGUUCUUUCUCUCAAGACUCUAUUUUUCGGAUAUUUGUAUGCCGUUGAAACAAAAAAGUUACUGGAGCGCCUUGCGAAUUACAUUAUUUACAAGGGAACGUUCUUGCCAUUAGUUGUUCCACCAACAAUAUUUCAGGGGGUCCUAUGGACGAUCUGGCUGACUGUCCUGUGCACUCUAAAGAUGUUUCAAGCUUUGGCCAGAGAUCGACUUGAACGAUUGAAUGCAUCUCCAUCUUCUACACCUUGGGCAUACCUUCGUGUGUAUUCAGUGUUGUUCCUGGUUCUCUCUGUUGACCUCUUCUGGAUACGGCUCUCACUAAUGAUAUACAAUACAACUGGCUCAUCUGUGUAUCUGUUGUUACUUUAUGAGCCAUUCAGUAUAGCUUUUGAGACCAUGCAGGCACUUCUAAUUCAUGGGUUUCAGCUACUUGACAUGUGGAUAAACCACGUAGCAGUCAAGAAUUCAGACUGCCCAGGAUCUAAGUUCCUUGAUUCCAUGACAGCAGGCUCGCUGUUGGAAUGGAAAGGCCUCCUCAACCGAAACCUUGGUUUUUUGUUGGACAUGGCUACUUUGGUGAUGGCCCUUGGUCACUACUUGCACAUCUGGUGGCUUCAUGGCAUGGCUUUUCAUCUGGUGGAUGCAGUUCUGUUUCUCAAUAUACGUGCCUUGCUAAGCGCGAUUUUAAAACGUAUAAGAGGAUACAUCAAACUGAGAGUAGCUCUAGGGGCCCUCCAUGCAGCACUUCCUGACGCAACUCUGGAAGAGUUACGUGCAUAUGAUGAUGAAUGUGCUAUAUGCCGGGAACCUAUGGCAAAGGCCAAAAAGCUUCACUGUAAUCACCUUUUCCAUCUUUCAUGCCUACGAUCCUGGUUGGAUCAAGGUCUCAACGAGGCAUACUCGUGUCCUACGUGCCGUAAGCCUCUUUUUGUCGGCAGAACAGAAACUGAAGCAAACCCUCGCACAGGAGAAGUCUCAAAUGCUGAGCAGUUAGCUCAUCAGCAUGGCAGACAAAACAAUCUUGGACAUGCUCUAGCUACUGGAUUAUUUCCUACGGAGAUGCCAAAUUCUGCUGAAAGAGAUCCUUGGAGGAAUUCAGGUCUGGAUCCAAGCUGGCUGCAAACAUGGUCGGGUCAAGGUGUUGAUGCCGCUGGUCCCUCCACAGCCACCAGAUCUGCUGGACUGGACCGUGUUCAGAUGAUGAUGAGGCAUCUUGCAUCAGUUGGGGAAAGCUAUGCUCAAACUGCACUUGAAGAUGCUGCUUGGGGUCUCUGGCCGAUGAACGCAUCGCAAGCAUCAACUUCUUCUACAUCCACUCCUCCUGAUGUCAGUGGAAGAGCUGGUGGCCUGCAUCUGAGAACUCCCUCUCGUACAGCGAAUGAAAACAUGGCGAAUAUACUAGCAAUGGCCGAGACCGUGAGGGAAGUCCUGCCACACGUGCCAGAUGAAAUAAUUCUCCAGGACCUCCAGAGAACAAAUUCUGCUGCGGUUACAGUGAACAAUCUUCUCCAGAUGUGAUAACUUUUUUUUUGAAGUGUUGAGCUCUUCCUUUUGAAGCUCGAAGAUUCCUACCGUCAGAUAAAAUCAGUCAGGUCACAGCCUUGUUUUUAUGUUUUACUCUCCACCAAAACCUCGAGAAGCUACAUCCGCUGUAUAUAGAGGCACCUUAAAUACUGUCUUAAGAAGAGAGAAAAAAAAAAGAGAGAGGCUCUGGAGUCUGUUGUAGCUUUAUUCACCGUUCUCUGGAGAAAAAAUAAAGCUCGGAUACUUAUCGAAGUUGAUGACUUGGCGGGUCAGAGAAUAUCUCUUCAUAGUCUCACCUUGGCUUCAAUAUCGAGGGCAGUAACCAUUCCGAGCUAUGUACUUGUGGCUGCUGCUUCCUCUUACCUGUAUACAAUGUGUAAUUUUCAAUAAAAUGUCAAUUGAAAUGUACUGUUAUCGAUCCAAUAGCUGUUAGUAUUAAAUGUAUAAAACUCUUGCUGAACUUUUUUUUCCUCUGAAAAUUUAAAAGCUGUCCUCUAUGUCAGCUUCUGUA